UCGCCAUUGCACUUCUGACAUGUUGACUUCCUGAUGAGAAGGAAACAUACCUACAAAGAGGCUCAUGCUAACAACACGUCAAAUGCCCCACACCCGUCUCGCUAUGUAGUGAAACAUGGGCACCCGCUGAACGCGUUUUGGAUCAAGUGCAUAUCGGGACACUUGCGUAGGCUCCAGCGGUCGGCCUCUAACACGCCAAAUAAAUGCACCAAGGAACGAUGCAAGCGGGCGACCCGGGGCUGGCCAUGGCAGUAGCAGGUUCACAGAGCCGCUCAGAAGACGAAGAGAUCCUUGGUGUAAAAGACGUGAAAAGGACAGCAGCACAAGCGUUCGGCAGUGGCGGCGUCCCCAAACGCCGAAGUUCGUCCAGAUCAAUAAAGAGGAAGAAGUUUGAUGAUGAGCUGGUGGAAAGCAGCCUUGUCAAGUCCUCGAGUCGAGUUAAAGGUCCCCCUCUCAUGGAACCUGUGCGCUACUUUGGAAGUGAACCUUCAUCAAGCGAGAAGAAAAAGGUGGCUAAAGCAGGACCGACUUUGAUGCCGCCUCUCGCAAUGGUGCUAAAUCCUUCACCAAUAAGCAAAAGGAUGAAGAAAAGCAAACAGCCGCUACACAUUACAAAAGACUUGGGUCGGUGGAAACCUACUGAUGACCUGCUGCUUAUUAAUGCCGUGUUGCAGACCACAGAUCUCACAUCAGUUCAUUUGGGCGUCAAGUUCAGCUGUCGUUUCACUUUGCGGGAAAUUAAAGAGAGGUGGUACGCACUCCUCUAUGACCCGGUUAUCUCCAAACUAGCAUGGCAGGCUAUGAGGCAACUUCACCCAGAAGCCGUGGCAGCGAUACAGAGCAAAGCGCUCUUCAGUCAGGCUGAGGAAGCGCUGCUGGCCAAGAUCGGUUCGUUUGUCCAUAAGCAGACCAGCCAGCCCAAACUCGACUUAUUCCAGGAGCUUCUGAGUAAACACCCAAGUGUCUUUCACCAGUCCCGCACGCCGAAAAGUCUGCUGGUCCACUGGCAGCUUCUGAAGCAGUACUACCUACUGAACGACCAGAGUGUCCAGCCACUCCCAAAGGGCGACCAAGUCUUGAACUUUUCUGACGCCGAGCAAAUGGUUGAUGACGUCAAGUUAAAGGAGAGCAGAGACGAAGUACUGGAACACGAACUAAUGAUAUCUGACCGUCACCAGAAAAGGGAGAUCCGACAGUUGGAGCAGGAGUUGCCCCGCUGGCAGGUUCUUGUGGACAGUAUUACAGGAAUGAGCAUGCCUGACUUUGACAACCAGACGCUGGCCGCUCUCAGAGGACGAAUGGUACGCUACCUGAUGAGAUCGCGGGAGAUUACACUGGGUAGGGCGACCAAAGAUAAACAAAUAGAUGUAGAUCUGUCCUUGGAAGGACCCGCCUGGAAAAUCUCAAGGAAACAAGGAAUUAUUAAGCUAAAGAAUAAUGGAGACUUCUUCAUCGUCAACGAGGGAAGACGACCCAUCUACAUCGAUGGCAGACCGGUCCUGUCGGGCAACAAAUGGAAACUAAACAACAAUUCGGUGGUGGAGAUUGCAGGACUGCGCUUUGUGUUCCUUAUAAACCUGGAACUCAUCUCCCUGAUCAAAGCUGAGGCCGCCAAGAUGACCCAGCAGUGAACUCCUGACGCCCAAUGGAAGUCAGUCCUCCCGCCUUGAUGGUCUUUGGGGGCCUGAGACAAUGACAUGGUGCAGCCCUCGUUUAUUUAAAUUGUGUAGGAAAUCUUUUUUUUUUUUUAAAUAAAUUGACAUACACACUUGA